UGUAUUUUAUGUCUCCCCCCCCCCUCAUUUGCUGUGGGGGUGUCCAGGGAAACAGAGAAGAGGCCGAUAACCCCGGCACUGGGAUCGGAGCUUUCCGCUUCAUGCUGGAGUCAAACAAAGGGAAAUCCAUGCUGGAGUUUCAGGAACUGAUGACCGUCUUCCAGCUGCUGCACUGGAACGGCAGCUUGAGAGCCAUGCGAGAGAGGCAGUGCUCCAGACAGGAGGUGUUGGCUCACUACUCUCACCGUGCUCUGGAUGAUGACUUGCGCACUCAGAUGGCUGCUGACUGGGUGAGCCGGGAGCAGGUGGCUCGCGGGGCGCUCAGCAGGGAGCUGGCGGCUGCAGAGAGGGAGCUGGAGGAGGCCAGGCUGGCGGGCCGGGAGCUGCGCUUUCACAAGGAGAAGAAAGACCUCCUCAUGCUGGCCAUGGGGGGGCAGCUGGGCAGCUCCAGCAGCAGCACCCUGCCCUCCCACCACUAGAGCCCGCAGACAAGAGCCUGUACACCAGCCCCCCGGGCAGCGCGGCCAGGCACGUGAGCGUAACAUCAUUCCAGCGGGCUCCGUUCGAGUGUAUGAAGCAGGGCGAGUUCACUCUGCAGGGUGAUGCAAAACCUCUCUCCAGCGCGGUGGAAAGGGCUGCUUUUCUACUGGCUUUGAAAACGCACGCAUGACUUUGAGUGUUUUUAUAGUUUUCUCUGCUCAUAAGAACCACUCGUUUUUGUUUAAAAAAAAAAAAAAAAAAAAAAAAAAAAAAAAAAGAUUUUACUUCCUGCUGCCUAAUCACUUCCUGUAUUUGGUCUGUGUGACACAGCACAGGAAAUGACACUGUACCAGGAAAUUAUUAUGAGCUCAUAUUCAACUAUGCUUUCUACAUGUAAUGAUUCCAAACUGUUUUUUUUUUCAAUAUUAUCCUUGUUUUGAUUCAGUAUGGCUGUGUUUUUUUUAUAUACAUAAAUAUA